AUGGACGCGUACGGGUCUCCGUACGGGCAUUACCCCAUGAUGCCAUCAGAUCAAGGUCAUGGGGAUAACGUGGACUAUUACAGCAUGCAGCCGAUGAACAGCAGAGAUCUUGCAAGCUCACCAAAACACCGCACCAUUCGUCGAGAGAGACGGUCUCGAAGCGCUAGCCGAUCCAGAUCUCGAUCCAAAUCUCGGUCGAGAUCCCGGUCCCGCUCGAGAUCUCGCUCGGUGUCAAGAUCUCGUUCGAGAUCUCAGUCGACACGCUCUCGGAGUCUUCGGCGGGAACUGAAUUUCAGGGACCCGAGCUUUUUGGAUGCAUUCCGAGUUUUGUAUUUGACACCCAGCAACAGAACCAAGAAAAGUACAUCAAAGUACCUCGAAACAAAGAAGAGGCAAGACCAUAUCGAAGAGAUUUUGAAGAGCGACGGUCUCGGCUCGAAAAGGUGGCUCUUUUAUCCGAGAGUUGCCACUACCACUAGCGAACCGGCUACAGGGAAAGUAGCAGGGUCAAGAGACAACUCAGACCAGCGCAUCAAGAUCGACAGGCAGUUCUUCAGGAAGUACAAGAGGAGCAAGUCUGUCGCCGGCGACGCGCCGAUUGCCAAGCUCGCGCGCUGGGAGCUCCUGCUCUAUAAGAACCUUGGCUUUAUUAGGACUGAUUAA